CGGUCUAGAGCAAGCAAACAAGCGGACUUUCAUAGUGUUCGUCCGGGAAUCAAAAGAAGAAUCACCUUCACAUCGGGUGAAUAGGAUAUAAAAGACGUGCGACAGGAGUUUCAGAUAGGAGAUCGGGAAUAGGAACUUUGCCUACUGCUGGUCAAGACUACGGAACGAUCGGAAAAAAUCAUUCGUCUUUGCGCAGUUGAUUUCGAUAUCCGUCUGAAGGGUACGCCUUGUGAUACUACGACAAGACCUCCAACACUCUACGCCAAUAAAGCAAAAUCGGCACAUCUUCCAUCAGGACUCGAACGACAGUUUCCACUUCAUCAUGUCACCCGCCGACGCCCACCUCUUCCGACGACAAGCCACCACAGGGGCCGCUGGUGAUGACGGAGAUGCAGCAUCUACUUCUGCUGCUGCAGGUACACCUACAUCCGCUGCUGCUCCGGAGACGACAUCUCAGGCUGCAGAGACAUCAGCUGCGCCCGAGACUACUAGUCAAGGUGAGCUUCCGGCCGCCUUUCUUUCUCGAUCUUUCUUCUUUCUCUUUUCCUUCUGGGCGUUCCGCUGCCUUUGUGUGGUGUCUAUGUGUCUUCGAGCCUGUGUCUUUGCGGUUCUGCUGGGUGUAUCUGUGCGGUUCUGGUCCUGGCAUAUGCGUUCCGGUUGGGUGUCAAGAAAAAGCGCGUUCUCUUUAGCGCGCGCGAGGUCCCUCGUCUCAGCAAAUCCAAACAAAAGAAGCGUGGGGACCCAGAACGACCUCGACCAUCAAUCAUCAAUCACCUCACACGACUCGGACCUCGCCAUCGCAAUCUGGACAUCCCCUCCUUUUCGACAAUACACUCUCUUUCUCAGCCUUGGAAUUAGUCGUUCGAAUCGAUCUAUACGGCGAGCCGAAACGCGGGAGAAAUCGGAAUCAUAUAGCCCUUUUCGGACGCGAUAACAACUACACCUUCCCCCAUCAAAAUCGAUUCCGAACAUAACAUCACAUCAAAGCAAACUUGCCCUUUGACUCGACCAUUCCUACGACAUCAAGACAUUCACACCAGCUUCAAGACGAGUGAUCAAGGAUGAGUUGUGGG